AUGAAUUCAAGCGUUAAGUCCGACACAAUUAUACACUUACACUUCCAGUAAAAGUAUAAAACAAAAUACAGCUCCUUAAACCUAUGCAUCGCUAAAUAGGUAAAGCGUUUAAGGUAUCUGUAAAAUAGUAAUAAUUUGUAUAAAUGUCUGAAUAAUUCCCGCUGAGGAGGUAAUAAAGCAUCGUUUUGUUUUUUAUGUUGUGCUGCGUUCAGGUGCUCCUCGUAAACGUUGCUUUCCUCACGAUCCCACAAUCCCUUUCGGCACAGCUGAACUACAUAUUUGAUUCGGGAGCAGCAGCGUUAAUAUAUCCAUGGUCGGUACCCGGGUUAUUUUAUCAAAAUUUCGAAAUACUCAGCCUUCCUUUCAAGAUGAUGUGCGACACGACAAACCGAAGUUUCCGGACGCAGUUAGCCGCUAUACUGGAAAAGCUAACGAAGGCGGCUUUAGUGGAAAUAGGAAACCUUGCAGACGAAUGCUCCUCCGUCCUUCACACCGAGAUAUCUCUGCACAAGACCGAGAAUGAGGCCCUGAAGAAGAGGUGCUACUCACUGGAGGUCCAGCUGAGAGCUGCGAGGGAGGCACAGACCUAUCCUGCACACGCCAACAGUAUCGGCCGCCGGCACCCUGCAGAACAGCAGCAGCCUGCUCCGGCCAUUGAUGGAGUUUUUGGAAAGGACUGGUGCAUGGACCUGUGGAGAGAGGACAAAGUCCCCUCUCAAAGGAAAGAGCCGGAGCCUGCAAUGACAAGCAUGGGAGCCCAGGCACUAGACUUGAUGGAGAGAGAACCUGAUCUCAUCUUUGUCAAAGAGGAGAUAUAUGAUGAUCAUCCCAUCGGGCAGCAGAUGAGGCUCACAGAUAACAGAAAAGGAGUUGGGCUUUUUGAGGCGGAGAACAUGCUUCAUAGAUCUGUCAAUGAGCUGCAGCUACACCCGGGGGAUCUAAACAGCUUCUCCAUGCCGGCUGACGGUCAAACACAACAACGCACACAGCCGACAAUUAUGGACAAGCUAAUAGAGGAUGCGACGAUGAGCACUCUCGUUGACAACACAAAUCCUCCCGCAGCCACCGGCGAAUACUUUGACUAUACGAACAACAUCCACAUGAACGCAACCAAAGAACUCACCAGUGAGCCCAAACCCGUGAAGUCAACGAAACACUUUGAGUGCUUAUUCUGUGGGAAAAUAUUCAACUAUUUGAGCAGUUUAAAAGUCCACAUCAGACGACACUCCGGCGAGAAGCCGUUUAGCUGCACAGUGUGCGGGAAACGCUUUGCUCAGAAAACGUACCUGAAGCUGCACCAGCGCGUGCACUCGGGGGAGAAGCCGUACAGCUGUCCGGACUGCGGCAAAAGUUUUUCCCAGAAAAGCUCUUUGAAUAUACAUCUUCGAACACACACCGGUGAAAAGCCUUACAGCUGUGUUGAUUGUGGGAAAUGUUAUGCAUACAAGUACGGUUUAAAUCACCACCAGUGUUUCCAGUUGCCUGGUGAAACCCCAUGAAGAGCCUGGAUAUUGGUACCAAGUCAAAAGCAGAAGUAUGAUGUUUUCUACUUAAGUGCUACUCUCAGUAUUACUCAGAGCAGCUCAACUGGUGCCAGCAUCUCUACAUGAAGCUCAAAUAUGGAAGAAAAAUGUAGACUUAAAAAAAAUAAAUAAAAUAACUUCAGUGCUGCUGCGAGAUCUUAGUUGGUUUGUUUUUAGUUGUACUGUAGGAAAAUGCUGCAGCAGCCAACUGACUGAGCCGGAUUGAUUUAUUUGAUUGGUUAGGUGUUCACUGCCAAAUUUUGCGAUUUCCUAUAACAAGCCUUUAAAGUCGGUUUCACGUUAUGAUCGAUAAGGAAACUAUCAUGGGUCUGAUGACACAAUUCUUACAUUUGAUGUGAGGAGCUUAUAGUAACUAUGACAAAAAAAGCUUCUUCACUCAUAUUUCACCCGUUACAUUUCACCAUGGUUGGUGUAACAUGUUCUACAUACCUCAGCAUCAUAUUUCAGGUCACAAAAGGUCCGUGUCGAAUAAUGACAAGAUAAUUUCUUUGGACAAGUGCUCUAUUGUUUGCACACAUGUAGCAUAAUCUUUCAAAACUACCUCUUCAUAACAAAGUAAAACGAGUCUCACUGUUUGCUUCAUCGCCGUCGCCUCACCACUGUUUUAUAUUACCCAUAAUGCCACACCUCAUUUCUCGGCAUUGAACUGGGUAGGAGAGUGAGGAAGCCAUGACUAUUGAUGUGAAUUAGUAACAUGAUGUUUAAAUGAGUCCCAGAGGUUUUUUUUUCUGGUGUAGGUGGUGUUACUGUUCUGAAUAAAUGUAUUUGUAUUGCUGCUUCAUUAUUAUUGAAAAACAAAUGGUGUCGUCAAUAUGCAGUAAAGCCAAACUUUGGUUUUUUUUUGUAAAUGUUAAUUAUUUAUGUUCAUGAAACCACAUUGAAUAUUUUUAUUCUGUACUUUCCUUUGAGAAAUUCUCAUCAUAUUUGUCAAAGUGCAAAGACAUGAGCAAAUAUCUGUACUAAGUUAUUAUUUUUCCUGUAACAUAACGCUCUUGAACACACCACACUGACCCGAGUGAGUUGAAACCCAUUAAAGAAAUCCCGUGCUGUUAAUUUUCCCCCCCUCUGUUCACUCACACCUGCAUGCCUUCUUUAAGUUCAAGGGAAGUUGAAUUUAGACCAGAAAAAACAUACUUUAAAAGGAAAAUUUUAUUCAAUAAAUUUUAAAUCUCCAUUGUGAA